GGCUUUGCUUCCUCGAGUCUAACAACCCCUCGCCUUACCUCGGAGUCGUGCAGAAAUACAUGCUCUUCAUUACAUUAUUUCAUUGCGAUUGUUCUAUGGCAAUUUAUGUUACUGAUAAGGACUGCUCGGAUAUCAACUUACUUCGACACGAUUGCACAGUGCACAGUAUCCUCGGGCGUGAUCGGCCAUGUAUUGAUUGACGAGCGAAUUUCGUGAUAAGUUAAUGAGUUUCAUGGACCAAGGGGCGGGCCUGGGGACCAUCAAUGCGUGCGUCAUCUUCUGGCAUAUUCCCAGCUCAACACUUGACUGGAGCGAAUCUGUUUUAUAAUGGACCACUGAGCUGUUGUCAGUCCAUUGCAGACGUGGAGCACCUUCCGAUAGGGGUCUGUUUGUUUCGCCCACCUAUUGUUUAGGAUAGACGGUGAAGGAUACACCACCGAGGAUAAACCCCAGCGUCAACCUCGCCACCCCCAUAAAUCAACCCAAUGUUGUAACACGUGCUUGCCACGCAUGGAUUAACUCACUUUCUAACAGAUCACAGACGCAGGACUCUAAGUGGUUGCUGCAGGUGGAGCUGAAAGAAUGUCUAGACGCCAGCCACAUUGUAAUCCACAAUGACAUCAGACAUGCUAAAGAGCUGGAACAAGAGAUCUGAUGGACCACCGAGACUGAAAACUGUAUCGAUAUAGACGCCUUUAUUACUUUAGUUUCUACGGGAUUAUACAGCUUAAAAUGGCACGGCCGGUUACCAUCCACUGGAAGAAGAUAGCUGGCAUUAUUUCUGUUGUGGUGAUUGUGUUAUUUGUGGGCUGUCCGUUAAUGUGUAAAUAUGAAGUGUGGAAGAAGAAGCAAGAAUGUAGAGUGUUUCCGUAUCCAGAUAUUGUGUACUCAAACUCCCCUAUGGAUGAGACAGAUAGUGGUUCACCUGAAAGUCGUGUUUUCCGUUGGGAUGGCAAUGCCUGGAUCAAACUACACAGCUUCUGUGCAUGGACAGAUAGCUUUGAGUGUGUAAGCCUCAAAACAGAUGCUGGUGAUACACCUAUAUACAUCCAUGAUCUUCAGGAUGAUAAGUAUGUAUCUGGAGACAUAUACUACCUGGGUGUUUAUGAGGCGGAGUCUGCAAAGGUAAUCCAAGACACCUUGGCAGAAGAUCGGACACUUGGAUUUGUUGACAUCGGUUCCCACGUGGGAACAUUCUCCAUUAUGGCUGCACGUGCUGGGCACGAGGUUGUAGCAGCUGACCCGCUUGUGGAGAAUGUGCUCAGGUUUUGUAAGUCGGUUCAACAUGGUGGAUUGACCAAAAAAGUGACUAUUUUUUUCACAGCUAUUUCUAAUAGUUACAGAGAAGUUAGGUUCAGUCGUGCAACAGGGAAUAUUGGUGGAACUGGCAUUGUUGAUUCGCACCAUGGUAGCAAGGUUCGGUUCUUUAACCCUGACGUCACACAAACAGUUCGUCUUGAUGACCUUUUACCAGAAGCGAAGUCGAAAUUUCAGAAUGCCUUUUUAAAGAUGGAUGUUGAAGGCCAUGAAUACCAGGUCCUCAGUAGUGGAGAAAAAUUCUUCAGUACUUUGAAUGUAAAAGCUAUUUACAUGGAAUGGAGGUUUUAUAGGAAGGGUUCAACUGGGGAGAAAAUAUUAGAAUGGAUGGCCAAAAGAAACUAUGUACCGUUCAAUCCUUAUCGGACAAAAGAAAGAUAUCCAACUGACACCUAUAGUGAGUGGCCUGAUAAUGUGUUGUGGAGGAAAGCAAGUUCGAAGUAAUUAUUUGUGUGAGUGCUUAGAAGUGCGAGUGAUGAAAGUUCUUGCAAGGUGUCCAAUGUGUCAUGUUUCUGCCGUUAAACCAUUACUUUUUUACAUUUAAAGUAAUUCUGCUGCCAUGUCUUGUAUAGUUACAUGAAAACCACAUGUACAUAUUUAGUCAUCAGAAAAAUGGAAUCUCCGCCAUGAUGCAAUAUUCCAGUUUAGACGUUGAUUAGACCAUACCAAAAGAGCCCCAUUAUGGCCCUGAGUUAACAAGGGACAUUUGAUUGGUCUUCUGGCCCUGUAUCAAGCAGUUUCCAGACGAUUUCUGAUGGUACUGGUUAACUGGUCUUGCAUGGUAGCCACUGUGCCUUGCCUUUAAAACUGAAUAAUGCUGCAUCUUCUCUCCUGGAUGUCUGACCUGACCUGGGUCUUGAAAUUUAAAUUUAGUGACGUCAAAGUAGAUGUCCAAUUUCCCUACAAGACAUUUCUACGUUUUUCAUUCCAAUAAUCUGCCAUCUUAAUGCUUCAGACAAUAUACAGUGUGCCAUGAUGAUGAUUUGGUGUGGGAAAAGGGCCAAAAUAUCUAAUAGAUGGAUACUCGUUUUCAAACCUUGUCAUUCUGUGUCAUCUUUAUGUCCAGGUGAUUAUAUUUUUAUAUGAUUUUCAGACAUUUUAAAUUUUCUGUGUUAAUAAAACAUUGCUUGACAGUU